AUGCGGCAGUAUGAAGGUCAGAAGGAGAAGGUCAAGCAACGCAUACAGUCAGCAAAGUCAAGGAUUCAUAUCAGCUGCGACUUUUGGACUUCCCCCAACUCGUUGGCAAUCUUAGGCGUAGUUGCUCACUAUGUUACGGAAGACGGCAAGCUGGAACACUGUACUUUGGCCCUGAAAGACAUCGACUGUGAGCAUGAUGGGUCUCACCUCGCUGCGGCAAUCAUGGAAGUGGUUGAUGACUGGGGCUUUGCUUCGAAACUUGGAUAUUUCGUUACGGACAAUGCGAGCAAUAACGACACCAUGAUGAAAUCUCUUUCUCUUGGCCUUCUACGCCAAUUUGACAUUCAGUAUGAUGCCAAAUCUCACCGACUCCGCUGCCAGUGUCAUAUUAUCAACCUCGCUGCGAAAGCCUUCCUCUUCGUUACCGAUAACGAGAAGCUUGAACUGGAAGAUUCUCGUCUUCAUAAUGUAACACUGAAGCAGAUUGAGGCGUGGCGGCGAAAGGGUCCUCUUGACGCAAUUGACGGCUAUUUCAGCAAGUGGAGAGAAGCAGAUUGCGCUGGAGACGAGCUCAUUUCGGACGACUGGAUCAUCCUCGAGAAGGUCAAGUCCUUUCUAGAGAAGCUCAAAAUGACGACCAAAGCCCUCGAGUCAUUAUUUGCAACACUCGAUAAUGUCCUCUUGGCCAUGGACUUCGUGUUGGCACAAUUCGAAGCAGGAAAAGAGGCAUAUAUGGACGAUUCGAUUAUGGCACCAAUGUAUAACUCUGGCUGGGCGAAAUUGGACAAAUACUACCCUCGUUCUGACGAGUCGCCUGCCUACGUUGCAGCUAUUGUGCUCCACCCAUCGCAUGAGCUGCGGAGCGUGGGUAAAAGAUUCGGAGAUCAAACCCAGUAA